UUAUCCGUUUAUCCGGAGGGGGCGGAGUCCCGACACAAGUAGGCACGCUGUGUUGCGUUGCUGUGAAACUCCACUUUUAUAUUGAUUUACAUUCGCAUAUACAUUGUCGACGAAGACAAAUAUACAGCUUUCGGCUGUUAAGCAACACUAUUUACAGACUGAAACUAAUCUUAAGAGUGUAUGGAGCUGGAUCGGCGACUCUUGCUGGCUCACUGCGCCGCCCACACCCUCUCUGUUAUAGCCGGACUCUUGGUGGUCGUGCCGCUCGCCCUUAACGGAUCCGCUUUUAAGGGAAGAUGUGCGUUGUUUACCCAAGGGUUCUGGCGGACUGAGAACUUCACGGUGGGCGAAGGGGAGUCUAGAGAGCUCAGUCAUCUGGUGGUCCAACAAUGGGGUCCACCGGCCGCCUGCCAGUUCGCCACAUUUGUCGGUGUGUUUACAGUGUUGUACGGCGCGGUUCAAGGCUGGAGGAGCCUGUUUUAUCUCCAUCGCCGACAUGACGACACACUGUUCUCUGCCUUCCUUACACUGCUGUUGAGUCUGUGCUUGCUGUUUCUCUCUGGAGGGGCGAGUGUCACUCUCACACUUGGGCUUGUGUCCUGGUGCAACACCGUCACGGACUACAACACCCGAGCCUACAGUUGUGCAGAGUCACAGUCUGUUCCUCUUUAUUUGGAUGUUGAGACGUCUUCUUUCUACUUGGAGCUCAAUUGUGCACAGAUAUCUCUGUGGUGUGUAACAGCUCUAUGGUUGGCUCAAGCUAUCUUGUCGUUCCUGAGGCUCUACCAUUCCCACAGUCAGCACAUAAGCGGGCCGUGUCUUCCCCGGGAGAAGGAAUUUCUCCUGGGCCAAAGUCACUGUCCCCUCCAUCAUCCGCAUCCACACUCACAUCCUUCACGCACUCCCAGUGUUUUGAUUUAGCCAUUUAGUGUUCACAGAAGAUGCUCUUUGAGGCUGACCUACCUAAGACUUACUUUAUCACUUCCAAAAUCACAAUAUUUAGAAAGGAAGAGACAGGUCCAAGAUCAGUGUAAAAGCGAACUACUAAUUUAAAACAAAUUGAUCAUAUCCAAAAUGUAACUGCAUUAAAUGAAAUCAGCCUGGGCGUCUCUCAAUAUUUAAUUAGUAUGCAAAUGCUGAUUUUUUUUGUCAUAUAGCAUGCCUUGUAGUGCUUGCAUACCCAUGUGAGAUUCGCAAAACUAAUUCUUCCAGACUUGAUACAGUUUACAUAAUAAGGUCAAAGGGUUCUCAAAAUAAUAUAUGAUACAUAUUGCACUAUUGCAUCACUGUUGCAUAUGCAAGAAUUGAAUAACUGUACUAUGUUUAGCCAUAUAAUGUGAAUAUUAAGUAAAUGGGAAGGAAAGCCUGCUGCAUGUGCUCAAGCCAGACCCAUGCUUGUUUUGUACUGUGAUUGUAUACACGACAGGGAGAUUUUUGCAUACAGUCAUUCAGGCCAGAUAUUAUCUUUCUGAUCCUAUGAAGGUUUUUCAUAUGAAACUGUUUGUGUUGAUGCAGCCUCCCAGUAAAACAAAGAUAUAGUAUGUGAAGGAAUUUCAGAGAUGGGGAAGCUGGAAAAACUACGGAAUGUUAAGAAUUUUGUGUGGCCCUUUCUGAACUCUGAACCUUUGACCUGGAGGAUUGUUGUGAAACACAAACAGCUGAAUGAAAAACCGGAGGGAAAUGAGAGAGAUUUGUUCAUUCAGGCUUUGACAUUGUGAUUAUUGCUAUUGCUAAUGUUUUAUAAUGCUGUUUUUAAGUGCUAUGUCUUAUUUAAAAGUC